AUGAAAGGAUUUACUGUUUUACUUACAACUUUUGCAGCAACAUUAACUUACGCCGCACCGCAAUAUAAUUAUGCUCAACCAUCAGGCUCUUUUGCAGGCGGUAGUGGAUUCAACAAUAUUGGUAGCGGUGUAGGUGCUUUUGUUGGCGGUGGCAGUGGUGGAAAUGGUGGCUAUUCUAAUGGUAAUUCCGGUGGAGGAUACGCUGCCGAGCAACCAGCUAUCAUUACAAAACAAUUCUUUAUUCAUUCCGCUCCUGAAGAAGCAGAAGAACGUGGUGCUGAUAAAGUUCUAUCAUUAGGGCCUGCACGAAAACAUUAUCGUGUUGUAUUUAUUAAAGCCCCACAUCAAGGUGUACAAGCAGGUCGUGUUCGCGUUAUUACACCAGCUAAUGAAGAAAAGACUGCCAUUUAUGUAUUGAGCAAGAAAACCGAUGUAUCAGAAAUUCAAGCUGAUGUACAACAAGCUCAUUCAGAGCCAACUAAACCAGAAGUACACUUCAUCAAAUACAAGACUAAUGAGGAAGCCGCCCAUGCUCAAAGAACAAUUCAAGCUCAAUAUGAUGCAAUUCAAGGUACAUCACAAGUUUCCGAUGAAGGAGUUGCUCCUCUUACCUCUGUUAUUGGUGCUUUGGGCAGUGAUGGUGGUUUGGGUGGUCAUGGUGGUGCUAGUGGAGGUUUUUCAGGUGCUUCUGGAACUUAUGGUGCUCCAGCUAAUACAUAUUUACCACCAGGCCAUUAA